AUGGUCGAAGUAGUCGGGUACGACAAAGCCUUUCCUGACGGAUACAUGAACCCCUUUAACGUCUGGGACUUUGCCCGCCCAAGCUUCUUCUGUCCUCACGAUCUUGAACGCGUCGGUUCAAUUAGCGAUGGCGGCAAGAUCAUCUGCGGCAUGUCGCGUUAUGAAAAGGAAUGUCCCGGCCCAUCGUCAGAUUCAAACAAGGCGAGAGAAUUCAUCGUUUACUCAUUCGGUGUGAGUGUCGACUCCUCUUUUGAGGCAGAAUUGCUCCAGCGCACGAAUGCUCGGAUAUGGGGGUAUGAUGGCACUGUUGAUAAAUGGGCGCAGCAAGUCCCCGAGUGGAUAUGGUCGCGGGCUAAAUUUCAAAAGGCCAUGAUAGGAAAGGUAUCGGAUAGCAAGGCUAGACCGCCAGUGUUUUCGAUACAGGAUCUUAUGAAGAUGAAUGGGCAUUCCUAUGUUGAUCUUAUCAAGAUGGACAUAGAGGGUGCUGAAUUUGAUGUUCUUACGUCGUUGAUUGAUUCGGUCAAAGAGCAGAGGAAGAACGGCAAUGCGACGUUGCCUUUUGGUCAGUUAUUGGUUGAGAUGCAUCUUAAGCAACCACCAGAAGGAGUUACGGUGCCAAAUGAUCUUCGAUCAUGGCUGGAGUGGUGGUAUUCGCUAGAGGAGUUGGGCUUGAGGCCAGUGAGCAAUGAGGACAAUUGGAUUGGCGAUAGAGUCUAUGGCAUGCCAAGAUUUAUGGAGUAUACGUUUAUUAAUGCAGUGGACAAGGAGCGAAACUUGCUACUGUGGACAUGA